CCAAGCCACUUCGUCCUCUCUCUCACGCCCAGUCCCAGGCCGCCACCACUCGCGGCUCUCUCGCGAGCCGAUCUGUCUCGCCCUCGCCACCUCCCUUCUCGCCUCCGCGGCGCGAAACCCUAGUCAGGCGACUCCAUGGCGAAGGACCAGAACGGCUCGCCCCGUGAUGUUCGAGGCGAAGGGGAGGAGGAGGAGGAGGCGCGCAGCGGCAGCAAGUCGGUAGAAGCCGAUAGGGAGGGGCACUCGAAGGGAAGCCGGGACCGGAGCCACCGCGGGAAGUCGAAGCGGCGGGAAGAGGAGGAGGAGGGAAGCGAGAGCUCCGGUGAGGACUCUAGCGAGCGGCGGAAGCGGCGAAGGAAGGAGAAGGAGCGGCGGCGGCGGCGCCGGAGCCGCAGCGAGAGCUCGGGCUCGUCGUCGGAGUCCGAGUCCGAGUCGUCGUACUCGGGGUCCAGCGCGGAGUCAGAGAGCGGGUCGGAGUUGGAUUCGGAGGAGGAGAGACGGAGGCGGCGGCGGAAGAGGAGGAAGGAGAGGGAGGAGGAGGAGGAGAGGAGGCGGAGGAGGAAGGAGAAGGAGAGGCGGAAGAGGAAGGAGAAGGAAAAGGAGAGGGAGAGGAGGAGGAAGGAGGAGAAGAAGAAGAGGAGGAGGAGGAGGAAGGAGGAGAAGAAGGAUUUGGGGAAGAAGGGCGCCGUGACCAACUCGUGGGGGAAGUAUGGUAUCAUCCGUGAGGUCGAUAUGUGGAGCAAGCGACCAGAGUUCACUGCAUGGUUAUCAGAAGUCAAGCAGGUUAAUUUGGAAGCUUUGUCAAACUGGGAAGAGAAGCAAAUGUUUAAGGAAUUCAUGGAGGAUCACAAUACAGCCACUUUCCCAUCGAAAAAAUAUUAUAAUUUAGAUGCUUAUCAUCGCAAAGCGAUGGAGAAAGAGCAAAAGAAGGGUUUGAAGACCUUAGUGACAGAACGUACAGUAUUUAAUGAUGAGGAACAACGGCGAUUAGAACUGUUGAAGGAACGUGAGAGACGAAAGGAGGAAGAAGUGGAAGCUUUAAAACGCUCCAUGCAAGCUGGACUGGCUCAAGAUAUGAAGGAGCAGGCCCGUCUACGCGAGGAAAUGAACUAUCAAUACAGGUUGGGCAAUUUUCAGGCUGCAGCUGCAAUCCAAAAAAGAUUGGAUCCUGAUGCCCCUUUGCAGUAGUCGGCCCGGAGAGCCUAAUUCCCUGCAGUUAUUCCUUGUGGACCUGUAGGACGAGCAUACCUAGUAAUAGCAUAUUAAACUGCUGUUUCUUACCCAAGUUUUUUUUAUGUAGUUCGCGUGUCGAUUGCUGUACUUGUAUCAGCAGAAUUUUGAAUUCCAGAUACUGCCAGUUUUCACAUGGUCUACCCUUGUGUGCAGGGUUUUUCGUGUUUGUUAUAGGUUGCUUCACAUGCUGUUGCAGCUACCCUCGUCGUCCUUGGUCCUUCACAUGCUGUGUGCUCCCGUGUUGCAUUAUUAUUCUUAGACCCGGCUGUCCGGUCAGCUCGAGCUUCGUCGUUCUACACGAGCAGCCUACGUGAACGAACGGCACCAGCUGUCAGCAUGAAUUAGGAUCCGUCUGGACUGCCAUUUUCUUUCUUGAAUAAUGAAAAUGAAUACUGAUGCAACCGAUUCGUUUCCUGUAAAGCUGUUGAAUACUUGCUCUUACUCAAUGGCCGAAAGAGAAUUUCUUUA